UUGUAUUGUAAUUUUUGAAGACUCUGAAACUUAGUCAUUAAGGAGAAAAAGCCCAAAAAUAUCCUUUUGUUCUUAUAAAUACUGCCUAAAGUAAUGAAGAAGGAUCAAAUACUUUCUUCAAUUCUCUUGUUUUUCUUGUUGUUUACAGCUUUUAUAACAACAAUGGCAGAUUCACAAGCUUCACAACCCUCUAAUGAAUCCAAAGUUCAUAUAGUGUAUACUGAGCAACCUGAAGAUCAAGAACCUGAGGAGUAUCAUAUCAAAACCCUAACUUCUGUUCUUGGCAGUGAGGAGGCUGCAAAAGAGGCAUUGAUAUACAGUUACAAGCACGCAGCUAGUGGAUUCUCAGCAAAGCUGACUGCUGAGCAGGUUUCUGAGCUCUCAAAGCAACCUGGAGUGCUGCAAGUUGUUCCAAGCCAAACAGUUCAGUUGCACACUCGACGCGUCUGAAAGACAAUACUUGAGACCUCAUCUCCAAAACAAGUUUCCUUGAUGUGUAUAAACUUGUUAUCUAUGCCUGUUUCAAUGGUGUUUUGAACUUAGAUUGAAAGACUAUCCCUAUUCCCUAAUGUAAUUGUGGUACUUAUCGCUGUAACGCUUGUUUUAACUAUAUGAAAAUAAAAUUGUCUGCUUAA